AUGAAUGAUAUGAAAGAUAGUAAUGAUAUUAAUUCAGAUGAAGAUGAACAAGAGUAUCAACGUAGAAUCGAUAGUAUAAAACCACAUUACAGCACCGAAGAAGAGUUACUGCAGUUCAACAUCGAAGAUGUCACAAAAUUCAUUGCAAACCUAGAGAAAUCAAAUGUAGAGUUGGCUAGUGCAUACAUAGAGGAUCCUGAUCCAGUCUACUAUGAAGCAAUGACUGAAAACGUUGCAAUCAUCGAGAAAAAGAAGAAUCAACUAAUAGAAUUACAAAAUUUAUUAUUAGAGAAACAAGGUUUAUUUAUUUAUAAUAUUGUAACCUAUAAUAGGAAUAAACAAAAAAUGAGUAAGAAGCUAUUAUAUUUAGGUCAGAAUGAAGCAAUUAAAAUGGAUGUGUUGCUAAUGGGUAAGGAGUAUGGAUUCUCUGUCGACCAACUAAUGGAGUUGGCUGGACUGAGUGUUGCUUCCUCAAUCUAUAAAGUCUACAAUCCUUCAACACUAUCAAAGAAAGUAUUAACUAUUUGUGGUCCAGGAAAUAAUGGUGGUGAUGGUUUAGUAGCAGCAAGACAUCUUGUACACUUUGGUUAUAAAGUAGAUAUAUUAUAUCCAAAGAGAACCGAUAAAGAUUUAUACAAAAAUUUAACAUUGCAAUGUGAACAUGUUGGAUGUGAACUGAUUGGAUCAUUACCAACUUUGGAAGAGAUUAUUAAUACUUAUAGUUUGGUGGUGGAUUCAAUUUUUGGCUAUAGUUUUAAGGGUGAUAUUCGUGCACCGUUUGACUCUAUCAUCAACACACUAAGUAUGCUACCGAGUGAUUUGGUACCGAUUGCAUCAGUUGAUAUUCCAUCAGGUUGGGAUGUAGAACAAGGCAAUAUUCGUAACACUUUCACACCAGGUUUGCUAAUCUCGCUGGCAACACCAAAGAAAUGUGCAGAGAACUACAAAGGAUUCCAUUAUCUAGGUGGUCGUUUCCUACCAAAGUCAUUCCUCGAAGAGAUGAAUAUCGAAAUACCAAAAUACCCUGGUUCCGAGCAAUGUGUAGAUAUUUCCUUUCAAGAGCACGAAGAUCCAACACUCUAA